AUGAUAUCAGACGACGAGAAAGAAGCUCGCAGACGCAUGGCUGCUACCUCGGACGUCCAGGCCGAUCACGAAGAGGGUGGCGGCUCCCGUGCUUGGCCGAACCGAAGGAGAAGAAGAGACGAAAGCAGCGAGGCUCUCUCUUUCUCGUUCGGCGAUUGCAGACUCAUCGCACCCGAGUGGCAUGCUCCGAGGAGGUCUCGGUGGUGUUUGCUCGACAAUCGCGAUGUUCCCCCCCUCGUUUUGACAGUUCCGAUCAACAAUAGAAAAUCGAUAGGUUUAAAUGGGAGCUUGGUUUUGGUUCUUGAUAGGAAAGAGGGAAGAACGGAAGAGGAAUCUAAGGAUGACAGCAACUCCGAUUGCUUUUAUGUUUUUACAAUGGACAAGUCGACAGGGAAAGAAAAUGAAUCAAGAAAGAGGUGUUGUUCUUCUUCUGGGUUGCUCACGAAUAGAAGACGAUAAAGUGAUUAUUUAUUAUUAUUUUUUUUGAAACCGAAAGUCUAAAGAAACUACAGAAACUACGGGAUUUGAACCUAAACCUCAAGAACAGAGAGCAACACAGGAUACUGCAAACCGUUCGACUGGAUGCCCUUUGGUGGUUUUGAGUGUUUAAUUGGUUAAAGGAAGUUUGCAAGAAUCAAUUUUUUUUUUUUGAGUGUAGAAUUAUGUAUCUUAGGUGAAAUUUUGAAGCAAUAUAAAUUUGUUUUUGUGUUAACUUGGGUAAAUGGUAAUGUGGAAGUGGAAGAAUGUUAUUUGGCUGUCA